AUGUCGGUGAGCUAUUUCCAGGAGCGAGCAACUCCCGCUUCUCAGAAUGGCACCUCUCCGUCUACUCCAUCGACAGCGCCCGCGUUGCGAGGUACAAAUGCCCUCUCGAGCAGGAUCACCAGUGUGCUCUCUGCAUCAUAUGCAGAUCUAGAGAUCCGCGAUGCCUUGGAAACUCUGGAUGCACGUGGGGUGCAGAACACGGCCGAAACGCGACGUCAGCUGCGUCUAGAUGUCCAAAAGGAGGUCAUCGAGUGCAAUGGCGAAAUCAUCAAGGACUUUGGUCAGGUCGCGGAACAACUUAAACGCAUCGGGACUGCUAUCAGUAGCUUGAACACUUACUGCGCGGAUAUGCGCGGCCACAUUGAAGCUGCCAACAGAGAGACUGUGCCUGUCUUGGAAGAAGCCACCAGCCUCAUAACCCAGAGGAAGCAGGUGGAAUCUAAGCAACAGAUCUUGAACGCUUUCAGCACUCACUUCCUGAUAUCUGAAGAAGACGCUACCAUCCUGACAUCCACUGCUGAGCCUGUCAACGAAGAGUUCUUCCAAGUCUUGACCCGCGUAAAGAAGAUACAUCACGACUGUCAAGUGCUGCUCGGAACCGAGGACCAGCGAUUGGGAUUGGAGGUGCUAGAGCAGAGUUCCAAGCAACUCAACUCAGCCUUCCAGAAACUGUACCGGUGGAUUCAACGCGAGUUCAAGACACUGGAUCUGGAGAACCCACAGAUCAGUGCUUCUGUACGCCGGUCUUUGCGCGUGCUAGCCGAACGUCCUACUUUAUUCCAAAGUUGCCUUGACUCGUUCGCUGAGGCCCGAGAAUCCAUUCUUUCCGAUUCAUUCCAUGCUGCGUUGACCGGAUCGACGUCCGACGAGCACAUAGCCACUAAACCAAUCGAAUUCCAUGCUCAUGACCCGCUCCGCUAUGUUGGAGACAUGCUUGCGUGGUCUCACUCAACCACCGUAUCCGAGAGGGAGGCACUUGAGAACCUCUUUAUUUCAGAUGGCGACGAGAUCAAACGCUCCAUUCAGGCAGGACUUGAAAGUGAACCGUGGCUGAGAGGCGACGAAGAUGCAGAAGUCUUCGACGGACGGAAAGCUCUGAAUCAGCUUGUCAGCCGCGAUCUCACUGGUGUGGCUCGUCUCUUGAGGCAGCGGACUGAACAGGUAGUCCAAAGUCAUGAUGAUGCUACUCUUGCUUACAAGAUCGCAAACUUGAUUGGCUUCUACAAAGGCACCUUUGCCAAGCUGCUUGGAGCAGAUUCCGAUGUCUUGGACGUGUUUGACAUACUAGAAGCUUCCGCGAUGCGACAGUUCCGUGCCAACAUGAGAGACUAUGUUGCCAAUGUCCAAAGUGACCUCGCCGUAGCACCAGCCGACUUGUCCGCUCCCGAAUUCCUCGAGGAUGCGCUCCAGAUGCUCCGGGUCCUUGCGAAAAGCUACGACACAUCAGUUGCAGCCACGGAGGAUAAUGGCCAAGGAUUCCAGACUGUACUUGCGGAGUCGCUAGAUCCUUUCUUGAAUGGUUGCGAGAACCUACAGAAAGGAAUGAACGAGCCGGACAGCGCCAUCUUCGCUAUUAAUUGCCUCUUUGCGGCAAAAGAGGUCCUCUCUCAGUAUGCCUUCGCCAGCGAGCGAGUCAGCGAGAUCGAUGAUACGAUCGAUGAGAACGUUGCGAAGUUGACAAACUACCAACAUCAACACCUUAUUCACGAGUCUGGUCUUAUCACUCUCCUCAAUGCUCUUGAGGGGAUCAGUGAUUCGCCGGAAAGUCUCAAGACGAUUCCUGACCUGGAAGCUUUCAAGCCAGAUGCACUCAUUGCAGCCAGUCAGCAACUCGACGAAUUCUUGCCGUCUGCUAUCAUUGACGCAUCGGAAAACAUCAAACGACUACGUAACAGGAAGAUGAUACAGGAUAUCACAGAAGAAGCAGCUAACAAGUUCUGCGAAGACUUUGAGAUUGUAGAAAGCAAGAUGAUAGCUGCCGAUGAUCUUACCUACGAUGAAGAUAAGGAAGACGAGGAGCAGGAGCCUGGGUUGAGAGAUCUGUUCCCUCGCACCAGUGGUGAGAUACGGGUGCUGCUCAGCUAG